AUGAAGAAAAAUCCGCGCGUCCAGGCUGUCGUCGUCGCGCGUCUCACCUCUCUCCUCCUCUCCCUCUCCCUCCCUCUCCUCCCCUUCUCCGCCGCCACCGGUCCGCGCUUCGCGGAGGCCGUGCCACAAGUGGGGCGCUGCGCGGUGUUCCCGAGCAACAACGCGUGGAACAUACGCGUGGACCGGCUUCCUGUGCAUCCGCGCUCCGCCGCCUACGUGCGCGCCAUCGGCCUCAACGAGUACACCCACCCGGACUUCGGCUCAGGCCAGUGGGACGGCAGGCCGAUUGGGAUCCCGGUGAACAUAGUCACAAAGAGCACGCGGCGUGUGUUCCCGGCGUUCUACUACGGCGAUGAGAGCGAGCGCGGGCCGUACCCCGUGGCGCGGCGCGGCGUGGCGGUGGAGUGGGGGUCGGACCACCACGUGCUGGCUGUGGACCGCGACGCGUGUGUGCUCUAUGAGAUCUUCGACUUCUCCAUGGAUGGCAGCGGCCGCGUGUCGGCGGGCAGCGGAGCCAUUUGGAAUUUGACGUCCAACAAGCUCAGGCCCGCUGGAUGGACCUCCGCUGAUGCUGCUGGGCUGCCGAUGCUGCCUGGCUUGGCGCGCUAUGGUGAGGUGGCAGCGGGGGCGAUCAAGCACGCGCUGCGCUUCACAGCAGAAGUGACGCAGAAGAAGUAUGUGUGGCCUGCACGCCAUUACGCCAGUGACUCCACCAACCCCAACCUGCCCCCCAUGGGCCUCCGCCUGCGCCUCAAAAAGAGUUUCAACAUCUCCGGCUUCCCAAAGCAGACACGAGUGAUCCUACAGGCACUCAAGACGUACGGCAUGAUGCUGGCGGACAAUGGGUCGCCCUGGUUCAUCUCCGGUGCACCACACGCCCAGUGGGACAACGACGACCUGCACUCGCUGCACCAAGUGCUGGGGAAGAACUAUGAGGCUGUUGACAUGACCUCUGUUCCCAAGUACUAG